AUGAGCAAAUUUGAAGAUGGAGAGGUGUUCUCAGCUACAUAUGGCCAAUGGGGAUACUGGCCAGUAAGAAUAGCAAAACACAGUGAAGUUAGCGGAAACACAUUGAAAGGAAAAAAAGAUAAUAUAUUAGUUUACUUUUUUGGUUCUCAUGAUUAUGGAUUUGUAAAAGAUAGUCAAUUUAAAUCAUACGAUCCAAAUGAUUUACAUAAACAAAAGUUUAAAUUGAGUGAUGUAAAGAAACUUCAAAAAUCAAUAGAGGAAGCAAAUGAAUGGUUAAAAACAGAUAAUAAAAUAUUUCCAAUUUACGUUCCACCUUCAAGAAGGUCUGCAAUAAAAAAAGAAGCUAUUGACUCAUCAUCAUCAUUAUCAUCAUCUUCAUCUUCAUCUUCAUCAUCUUCUUCAUCAACUUCUUCACCUUCUCCAUCAUUAUCAUCAACAUCAACAUCAUCGACUACAACUACAACCACAAUCACUACAUCUACACAAUCAAAUACAGGAACACAAUCAACUACAGGAACACAAUCAACUACAGGAACACAACUAACAACAGCAACAUCACCACCGAAUGAUUCAAGUUUAAUUACGAGUAGGAAAAGGAAUAUAACAUCAUCAUUAUAUACAACGUUAUUUAAUGGAUCAACAAUUAAUAAUAGUAGUGGUAGAGUAACUAGACAAUCUUCUAUAAUGGCUAAUCCAAUAGCAAAAUUAGAACAUACAUUAUCAAUGCUUCAAGAAAAACAGCCAUCAUCUUCAUCAUCUUCUUCUUCAACAGCAACGACGGCACCAUCAUCAUCAUCAUCAUCAUCAUCAUCAUCAUCAACACUAGCAUCAUCAUCAUCAUCAUCAUCAUCAUCAACAACAAAUAUUCAUAAUGUUAAAAAAGAAAAAGAUAUUUUAACAUCAACAACAAAUUAUUUACAAAAGCAAAAACAACAUAGAGAAAGGGAAAAUUUUGAAAGAUUAGAAAAAGAAAAACAGAUAGAGUUAGAAAUGGAAAUACUUGAAAAAGAAAAAGAAUCGAAAAGAUUAGAAAGAGAAAAACAAAAACAGAUAGAGUUAGAAAAUAAUAAUAAUAAUAAUAAUAAUAAUAAUAAUAAUAAUAAUAAUAAUAAUAAUAAUAAUAAUAAUAAUAAUAAUAAUAAUAAUAAUAAUAAUAAUAAUAAUAAUAAUAAUAAUAAUAAUAAUAACAACAAUAAUAAUAAUAAUAAUAAUAAUAACAAUAAUAAUACUUUAAAUGAUAGUACAUACAUUGAAGAGGGUCAAAACGAUGAAAAUAAUAUCAACAACAAUAAUAAUAGUAUGCUCACUCAAUCUAUAACACCAAUUAGACCUAGACGAAUGACAUUAACUAUUAGUAAAACACCAAAGUCAAAUAAUAAGAGCGCAAAGAAAAAAGAUCAAGAUCUUUUACCUUUCACAUCACCAUCACCAAUUAAAUUUAGACCAAGUAUUUCAUCACCAUCAAAUAAUAGUAAUAAUGGUAUGCUUGCUAAUACCUCAACUGCUAGUAGUGGUUUUAGUAGUGGCAAUAGUGGUAAUGGUAGUAGUAGUAGUAGUGGUAGUAGUAAUGAUAAUAAUAAUAAUAAUAAUAAUAAUAAUAAUAAUAAUAAUAAUAAUAAUAAUAAUAAUAAUAAUAAUAAUAAUAAUAUAAUAUUUAAAAAUAGCCCAAUUAUUCCAAUUGUAAAAAAAGAAAAAAAAGAUGGAACAGAAGUGGAUUUUGUUCAUCGAGAUUUAUUAAAUCAAUUCAACGAAACAUUGGAACCACCAAAACAAAUUAAUCAUAAUACUAAUUCACUACUGACACCACCAACUCCACCACCAACUCCACCACCAACUCCACCACCACCUCAUUUUAAUAAUAGUAAUAAUAAUAAUAUCAAUAACAAUGAUAAUAUCAAUAACAAAGAUAAUAGGAAUGAAUUUUUGUUAGAAACUGAAAUGAUUCAUUUAUUAGCAUUAAAACCUUACACUAUUAUAGAUUUAAAGAGUAAAGUGAAUAAUUUACUUUUACAAUGUAAUGUUGUUGAUCAACAACAACAACAACAACAACAACAACAACAACAACAACAACAACAACAACAACAACAACAACAACAACAACAACAUGAUAGUCUAUUUCAAAGGAUAUUAUCAUCAAUUUCAUUUGAAAAUGAAUAUCAACAAUGGGUUAUUUUACCAGAGAAAUAUCAUUUAGUUAAUGAAAAUUGGUAUUCAACAGAGUCUGAAAGGAAAACUUUAAGAAAAAGGAAAUUAGAAUCAGAGAUGGUCGAAGAUUUUAAUGGUACAAUUACAACAACCACUACAACCACUACAACUGUAACAACAACUACACCAUCAUCAUUAGAAAAUAAUAUUAUGAAAUCACCAUCUUCUACUAUAUUACCAUCUUCAAUUAGUAGUGGAGGAAGUAGUAGUAGUAGUAGUGGAGGUAGUAAUGGUAUUGGUAAUAGUGUAAAUUGUACACCAAGAGGUAAAAUAUUAUUAUCACCAACAAUGUCGCCUCAAAAAUCAUUAAAGAAAAAGAAAAUAUAUGAAAAUUCUCCAAUUAAAAGUUCAAAAAAACAACAACAACAACAACAACACCACCAAUUACAACCAAUACCAAUUCAACUUCAAACAACCACACCAAAUAAAAGACAACAAAAACAUGAAGAUUUAGAUACAACGAAUACACCAUUAGAGUCAACAUAUGUUUAUGAUGAUAAUGAAAUCGAAGGUAAUGAAAAUAGUAUCGUCGUUGAAAACACUAAUAAUAACAAUAAUAAUAAUAAUUAUGGUAGUGGCGAAGAAGAAGAGGAUGACCUUAUUGAAUCCACACAACCAGCACAUCAACACAUGUUUAAUAGUAUCAUUCAAAUAAAUAAUAACCAACAACAACAACAACAACAACAACAACAACAACAACAACAACACCAACACCAACAACAACAACAACAACAACAACAAUCUAAUAUCAUUCAAUUUAGUAAUAAUCAAUUAAAUAAUGAUAGUGUAAAUAAUAUAAAUUUAACACCAGGUACCCCUUCAUCUGGUUCAAGUGCAACUAAACAACAGUCACCAUUUCCAUCUACUAUACCACCAACACAAAUGGUAGGUUCACCUUUAAGAGUAAAUAAUAAUGGAACAAAUUCACCAUCCACUAUUACAAAAAUAACUCACAAAUUUAAUAAUAACUUCAAUAACAAUAACAUAAGUAAUAAUAAUAAUAAUGACCAACAAGAAGAAGACUUUAUUCCACCAACACUUCCUGUUGAUUUUCAGUAUGAGCCAACCAAAAACAAUAACAAUAAUAACAAUAAUAAUAAUAGUGUAAUGAUAAGUAAUAAUCAAAAGAAUCAAUCAAAAUCAACAUGUACAAGUACAAACAAUAGUGUUGUAAUUGUUAAUAAUCAAUGUAGUAGACAAUCUUUAAUACCUAAUAAUCAAACCAAUAGUAGUAUUCCAAUGGUAAUAGAUCCAAAAAUGAUUCAAAAAAUUAAAAAUGAAUUAAAAGUCGAACUAAGGAAUGAAAUUAAAAAUGAAUUAAAGAUUGAAUUAAGAAAUGAGCUCUUGGAAGAGAUAAACAAAAAGAAUCAACAAGUUCAAGAAUUAUUUAUUCAAUCAAUUGGUGAUAUUGGAGAAACAUUAUCAAUUUUGAAAAAUAAUAUUAAAUUUUUUCAACAAAAUUAA